AUGGCCGGUCGCGGCGAAUACCAGAAGCAGAUUGCGGCUCUCAUAGCUGCUGCAAAGGCGAAGAACUUGAAGCUUGAGGAUACCCUGCCAGAGGAAACACUGAAGCAUUUCGGGGACAUGACGGAACUCAAGGCAGCUCGAGAGCUUAUCAAGGAGCUCGACGAUCGUGAAAAGCAGCUGCAGGCAGCCAACGAGACCCUGACGAAGAAGCUGAACAAAAAGCAGGAAGAGAUCGAUGACCUCCCUGGAGAUUUCAAAGCUCUGGAGGUCGAGUUGCAUCAAGCUCAACGCCAAAUCGCACUUCACAAGACGAUGUCAGAAGAUUCUCGGCAGCGCACCGAGCGUUACCAACGUCAACUGAAAGAAAUUGCGGAUAAGCAACAGGCCGAUGCCUCCGCAGCCGAAAAGAUAGAGCGCCUGCAAGCCCAAGUCGAAGACCAGCAAACCAUCAUUGCUAAGCUCUUAGAAGAGAACCAGGCUGCUGAAGCAGUGUCUGCACAACUGCGUGAGUCAGAUUUGAAGGCGCUUGCACAAAAGGACAAGCAGCUGGCCCAAAGGGAUGAGGAGCUGACCGAGAAGGACGAGUUGCUUGCCAAGCUCGACAAAGAGCUCGACGACGCAUGCUCUCUGAUGAGCUGCGAUACAGAAGCGCUUGUCAGUGAUCCGCCAGAAGACCCUCUCACAGUGCAGCAAGAAAACGUGGAAAAGAGCAAAUUCUCUACGCACCGUGAAGCUCAGUUUUCCGCUGCUAUCAUUUCCGAGAUGAAGCCUUUGAAUCGGUUCUACAAGGCUGUGUUCCAGAUUGUCAACGCCUUCGCCAUGAUCUUCCAAGCGACUUCAACCAAGGACAUCCCAUCCUUGUCCUGUGUUGGAACUCAGCUUGACGCGGCACAGGUUGCACUCGGCGACUACAUCGACAUCAAGAACAUGAUGCGAGCAAGCAUGGAAGAGUUGGGUGCCGACGACAUGGACCAGAUUGCACUGCUUCACGAGCUGGACGUCCUGGCCACAUCUGCAACGAAUUCGCAAAUCAACCUCGAGGUUGUGCACAUGGGCUUCUGGAACUUCCUCAAUCAACUUUCUGAUGAUCCGAAGAUGUUGUCGAAUCUGAACGGUGCGUUGUGCGACGCCGACCGGGUGCAUAUCAUUGACCUUGACGGUUGCGAUUAA